AUGUUGACUCCAAGGUUGUCUACCGUGACACCCGGGGAGCGAGGACUUAAAUCCGACACUGAAACAUCUCACGGUUACUUCCAUGGUCAUAAAUGUUACUUGCCGACGAGUAAAGUGAUAACUUAUGAAAUAAAAUGUGGGCCCCUGAAGCGGUUAAUCUUGGAUCUAGUAACAGUAGAGAAGAAUGAUCCGAGAGCUCGUAAAUUAUACAAGUCUCACGCAUCUUUAUGCGCUAAUCAGUACAUGCAAUACAAGGACUACCCAUGGAGUAUACACCCGUACAGCACAUUUCGGAUUUGGUUGGAAGGAUUCCUGUCGGUUACGAUUCUUCUAUCUAAUAUAUUACUCGCAGUCCAUUAUUCAAAAACCAAUCCGGGGAAACAUAUAUACGAAGAACGCGCUUUACUCACCUUCGAUUCAAUUUAUCUGAUAAACAUUGUAUUAAACUUUUUCACUGGCUACAUCGUCGGUGAUACUAACUCCACAGUCGUUCUGGACCUAAAGAGAAUUCUAUUCAAAUAUACCCGUACUUGGUUCAUACCAGAUUUGAUGACAGUGUCCAUACUGUUCCUUAAAAUGAUUGACUACCAAGAUUUACCAGUAGAGCUUUUUAUGGUUUCUCUGAAAAUGAUACGGCUGAUACAUUUGAUUUCAUACGUAAAGAAUAUAACGACAAAGAAAGAAGUCAGACAUUGCAGCGAAACAGCGCUGGAAGUAAUGUUACUUCUACUAUCGUUCUUAUCAUGGAACAUGUACCUCCAAUACGCUGUUGAGUACAUGUCGGAAGGCGUCUACACCCCGUCAUCGCCGAGAGCAUGUUCGUGGAUAACAAUUGUAAAACUGUGGAAUGCGACUUCCACUACUAGAUUUGUGUUUUCCUUAGAUAGAGCGGUUGGUAUGCUACGAGGGAACGCCAAUAUUAAUAUUCUUGAAAAGGACGGAUGCUUCGAAACAUUUUAUAUUGUGUCUUGGUGCAUAGCACAGGUGUUAGUGUUACACUGCGCCUUCAAGUAUGUUAUUACGAUAUUCGGUUCAGAAUCCGCACGGGCUCAAUACUUCAUUAUGUCCAAACAAGUCGAAAUGUACCUCAACCAAAAAAGGUUCCCUACGAGAAUUAAGAACAAGGUUUUGAAAUUUUACGCCAUUGGUUACCAAUCGCAUUUCUUCGCAGAAUUCCGUAUGAUGUCAUGUGUCUCUGGGCAGUUACGUGAAGAUAUAAUAAUGCACACGGGCAGACAGCUUGUGAGGGAUGUUACAUUCCUUAAGCAAUUGCCGGGCACUUUGCUACUGCAAAUUGGAAUUAAAUUGAGAAUCGUUAUUUUCAUCGCUGGGGAUAUCAUAAUGAAGAUUAAAACUAUUGGAGACUGUUUAUAUUUCAUCCACAAAGGCACCGUGGCUAUUUAUUGCGAGUCUGGCAAAGAGGUGUGUCAUUUGGAAGACGGCGAUUUCUUCGGAGAAAUUGCUCUUGUCAUGAGUCACAGACUACGAACGGCGUCAGCUGUAGCCGUUACUAACUGCGAACUUUUUAGACUCGAUAGAGAAGAUUUUGAAAGCUAUGUAGCAUGUUAUCCCACCGUUUAUGAGGAUAUCAAAAAAGUUGCUACGGACAGAUAUGAGCGGUCCAAAACGUUGGACGAACAUCAUAAAAUCGAACUAAGUAUGAAAAAGAAGAAGAAAUUAGAAACUGAAUAUGACAGUUCAUUUUUAUAAAUGUACUUAAAUAAUAAUAGAUAA